GUAAACCCGCUACACAUGUACAGUAGCUCGCAAUUGUAUAUGCAUCCAAGACAUGCAGCUAAUACAUACAUUAUAUCGGUUUCCCGAAACUUUGCGCAUUAAUCAUUUUCCUCCUUUUCUUUUGCAAUUCAACAAAAGAUGACUCAUAAUUUCUUUGAAAGCAAAGUCGCUGUAAUCACAGGAGGUAGCCGUAAUAUCGGAAAAGCUGUUGCAACUGCACUUGUCGAGCAAGAAGCCAAAGUGGUAAUUGGUGAUAUCAUUGACACCGAGGGCCAAGAAACCAUUGAGGAGCUCAACUCAAAGGCCGGAAAAGAAGUAGCCAUCUUUCAGCAUACAGAUGUGACAAAAUACAAGGACUUGACCGCACUAUUUCAACUGGCUGAAAGCUCGUUUGGUGGCGUGGAUCUUGUAUUCUUGAAUGCCGGCAUAGCUGUGAACCAUGACGUACUUUUGGAUCCUUUGGAUGACGAGCAAGACGAGAAAAUUUUAAAGGUAAAUACGGCGGGCAUUAUCAAAGGUACCAAAGUUGGUGUUCGACAUUUAGCAAAACGGGGCGCAGGUGCAAUUGUCAUCACAGGAUCUACCUUAGGAUUGGAACCUGCCAGUUAUACGAGCAUAUACAAUGCGUCAAAGGGUGCAGUGAUUGCAUGGGCGAGAAGCUUUCAGCAUCUACAAAACAUAUGCAGUGUGCGAAUCAACUCGGUGUGUCCUCAUGCAGUCGAUACGGAAUUUUUAUGGGGAUUUCCUGAUCUCAGUCGAAAGAUUUUUGAAGGAGUUGCACCGACUGCAGAAAUAAGUACUGUUGUUAAGGCUGUGCUUUUAUUAAUGGAGGAUCAAAAUCGUAAUGGGCAAGUGCUUACUGCUUUACCGGGUAAUGUCAUUGAGGUUGAGGAGGCACCAAAGAUCAUGGCCAAAACAACACAACAUUUAGGAAAUAUCCCAUUGGUCUCUCCGGAAGUGAUAUCCGAAUUAGAAGCGAAAUACAAGCAAGAUUUUGAUGGAAUGAUGAAAAGUUACUUUAUGCAAUGAUUGCAGUACUACUUUUCUGCUGGAUAUUUGUACUACAGUAGCUCCUCAAAGAGCAAGAAAGAUAUCUUGUUCUCUAGCUUGUGACAAUAGUGAUUUAUGUGCUCGAAAAAUCUGCGGAUUAAAGAUCCUUAGAGCAAAGGCAGCUUGAAUUUUUAAUGGUUACUAGCUUCCUCGCUUCGCUCGGAUGAAUGA